ACAGCUCGCUGUCAGGAACGAGCUCGCGCCUCGGCCGAGAAGAGAGGACGGCGCUGUUCGGUUAGCUCCGCUGUGGCUCGCGCUGACGGACGGACGCGCGCACGCACGCACGGCGGAGAACGAGGCCAGCAGAGAAGAGUCCCGCCAGCGCUGCCGGAUCCGAGCCCCCUUUUCCCGGCCUGGCAAUGGACGAACAGGCGGGGCCCGGCGUCUUCUUCAACAAUAACAACUCGGCGACGCCGGGCGCGGGGAAAGGAGCGCCGGCCGACGGCGACGCGGGGGAGGCGGCCCGCGCGCAGUACAGCAUCCCGGGGAUCCUGCACUUCCUGCAGCACGAGUGGGCCCGUUUCGAGGUGGAGAGGGCGCAGUGGGACGUGGAGCGCGCCGAGCUGCAGGCGCAGAUCGCUUUCCUGCAAGGAGAGCGCAAAGGCCAGGAGAACCUCAAGAAAGACCUGGUGAGGAGGAUCAAGAUGCUGGAGUAUGCCCUGAAGCAGGAGAGGGCCAAGUACCACAAGAUGAAGUAUGGGACAGAGCUCAAUCAGGGUGACCUGAAGCCUCCCACCUAUAACUCUGAUGACGGCGAUGAGAAUGAGAACGAGGUUCAAGGCCCGCCGAAUAGCCAUUUUUCCUGGAAGCAGGGACGCCAGCUCUUGAGGCAGUACCUGCAGGAGGUGGGCUACACAGAUGCCAUUUUGGAUGUGAAGUCCCAGCGGGUCAAAGCCCUCCUGGGCCUAACCGGCGACACCGGGGAGAGAAUCGGCAACAAGAACCCAGAGCCCAUGGUAAAUGGCACAGAGCCUUCGUCCAGGGGCGGCCCCAUCAGCGGGAAGCCCGACCUGAUGGACGCUUCCUCCUCAGUGCUGGAGGCCUUCAGAUUCAUAGAAAGCGCAGCGGCUGAGUUCAGCGACGAGGACGAGGACGACGACAGUGACAGGAAGGACAAGACGGUCAUCUCCUCGGCAACGAUUGUGAGGAAGAAGCCAUCUUCAUCCUUGUCGCCCUCCUCUGACACCAUCGAGGACCCGGACACAGAGAAUGCUUUGAAGGGCUUUGACUUCCUGUCCAGCCCCGAGGAGAUGGACACGUCGCCAGAUGGCCGGAGCUCCGGGGAAGGCUCGGACUGGGAUAAGGAGGAGCCGUGUCCUGUGUCGGAGGCCUGGGAUGUGGAUCAGGGCUUGAUAUCCAAACUCAAGGAGCAAUACAGGAAGGAGCGCAAGGGGAAAAAGGGGGUGAAGAGACCCAAUCGCUCCAAGCUGCAGGACAUGCUGGCCAACCUGAGGGAUGUCGAGGACCUGCCGCCAGUGCAGCCGUCGGUGACGCCCCCCGCAAGGCCCCCUACGGCCCGGCUUGGGGAACCUGAGACUGGCCGCACCGAUGAAGUAGAGGCUAUGACGUUCCCCCCAACAACGGGGAAGUCGUUCAUCAUGGGUGCCGAUGACGCCAUGGAGUGUGAACUGGGCCUCGGCGAGUUGGCGGGCCUGACGGUGGCCAACGAGGCCGAUGCCCUCACCUACGAUAUGGCCAACAACAAGGACGCCCUGCGGAAGACCUGGAAUCCAAAGUUCACACUGAGGAGCCACUUUGACGCAAUCCGCGGCCUGGCCUUCCACCCGCUGGAGCCCGUCCUGGUAACCGCAUCUGAGGACCACACGCUCAAGAUGUGGAACCUGCAGAAGACUGCGCCAGCUAAGAAGAGUGCUUCCCUGGAUGUGGAGCCCAUCUACACAUUCAGGGCCCACAGGGGCUCUGUGCUCUGUGUGGUGAUGAGCACCUCAGGGGAGCAGUGCUUUAGCGGGGGGGUCGAUGGGACUAUUCAGAGCUGGAACACCCCGAACCCGAACAUCGACCCUUACGACUCCUAUGAGCCUUCUGUGCUGCGGGGGGCGCUGUGCGGUCACACGGACGCAGUGUGGGGCCUGGUAUACAGCUCAGCUCACCAGCGCCUCCUCUCCUGUUCGGCUGAUGGCACGGUACGGCUGUGGAAUGCCGCGGACACAUCCCCUGCCCUCGCCAUCUUCAACGAGAAUGCAGAGCUAGGCAUCCCCUCAUCGGUAGACCUGGUGUGCAGCGACCCGGCCCACAUGGUCACCUCCUUCAGCAGCGGUCGCACAGGUCUCUUCAACAUGGAGACCCGCCAGCUCGUCCUCAGCCUGGUGUCUGCAGAGGAGUCAGGUUCCGCUUGCCGUGUCAACAAAGUACUGAGUCACCCCACGCUACCCAUCACCAUCACGGCACAGGAUGACCGUCAUAUCAAGUUCUUUGACAACAACACAGGAAAGCUCAUCCACUCCAUGGUGGCGCACUUGGAUGCAGUCACCAGUUUAGCUGUGGACCCCAAUGGAUUGUACCUUAUGUCUGGUAGCCAUGACUGCUCCAUCCGUCUGUGGAACCUGGAGAGCAAGACCUGCAUCCAGGAGUUCACAGCCCACCGUAAGAAGUUCGACGAGGCGAUCCACGAUGUGGCAUUCCACCCUUCCAGGUGCUACAUUGCCAGUGCCGGAGCAGACGCCCUGGCCAAGGUCUUUGUAUGAUGCGAAGGGGCCCGGUGAAUGGUGACGGACUAGGGGCAGAGCUUAGGAGUGGGGCGACGGCCACCCCCCCCGCCAACCAGCUCUGUCCCCUCUCAGCUUUUCGGUCGGGCCUUUCCCGAGCUGUCCUCUGGACUGACUCUGGCCCUGGACUGAAGUGGCAGGGCUGUGGCAGGAAACGAAAGGCUCUUAGGAGAGGGUUUGCCCCCCCCACACACACAUACCUACCCAUCACCAUCCAGGCAGGCCUGGGUGGGUUUGCUCAGCUCACUCAGCAUGGAGGAAAAUGUGGAAAUGCUGGGGUGAGGUGUGGUGUGCUCUCUAUCUAGAAAAGUUGGGCUUUUCACACACAGCGCGUUACUCCUGCCAUGUGCACACUUGUAUACACACACACCACGUUAGGUGAUAUACUUGUGUGCUGCUUCACACCACAUCGGAGGCCCUGACGACCCCCCCCCCCCCCCCCUUUUUGGAUUGUGUGGUGAUGUGGGACACAUGAGAAGGAAAGGCACACCAUGGUCCUUGUGGAUGCCCCUGACCUCCCUCGCUUCCAGGAUCCACUUGCCUGGCCUCACUUUUGUUUUUAAACGCAAAAAGAACAUGUGCCUUUGCUUGAAAAGGGUCUUAAAGACAAUGUUAUUUUUACCAAACUUUUUUUUUGCAGGGUGACGGGUUGUCCAUUUUAACAAAAUAUUGGAUGUAAAAUUACAGCUGAUCAUAAUAAACAGAAUAUAUAUCCAG